AUGCAAAAGGACAAUAUCGACUUCUCACUCGUUCAACAGGAACUCGUACACAUUAAAAAGAGGGCAUCUAAAGGAAAAAUGAGAAGGCGGUUGUUGAAAAUUAUUCAGGGACCAAUUACGCAACUCUUGAUGUGCUCAUUGGUACUCAUUGAUGCCCUCAUAGUUACCGCUGAGAUUAUUCUUGAAAUACACGCAGUGAAAGCCGAAAAGAAAUCCCUAGAACACGAGUUACUUUCUCAGCAGCAGUCUGAGUACUACUGUCAAAAAGAACCAACCCUGCACAUUCAACACUGUUGUUUACCUGAUGCGGAAAAUUUAACCUCCAUUAAUUUGACAGCGCUCAAUGGUGACUAUUCCUUUUGUUGUCGUGCGAACCCUUUGGCCAACUGCCAUUACAACAGUUCGGAUCUUUAUCGAGUCUUCUUCAGUGAGACACAGCAUGACUAUCUGCUGCAAACGCAGUGUAGUCGAUUAUCCUGCUGCACGGAGGCAACGUCCCAUUUUGGGGCCCACCUACUUGACGCUCAUGAGGGCGUCCACAACUGCCACUUUUUUCACACAAUCGCCUGCAUACUGCACUUCAUCAGCAUUGGCAUUCUCUGUCUCUUCAUCACCCAACUUUCAAUUAAAAUCUACUGCACUGGCCGGAAGUUUUUCAAGCUAAAAUUUGAGGUAUGUUGCUAA